UAUGGCGCGGUAGCCGUGGUCGCUUUGCUUCCUCUUCUCUGGAGGAGUCGACACGAGCGAAUUUCUCCGCCUCCACCUCCUCUCCAUCCCGAAUUUCUCCACGCCGCCGCGAUUUCUGGUAGCCCCUUAACCCAACAGCAACUAUAACAAUCAAUUCCCCCGCCGCCUCCCACGCUCGGUCGCACCGCUUCCUCGCCAUGACCACCACGGAGCCCGCCCCGCCGCCGCCACCGCCACCGGCCGAGCGGGCCAUGGGAUUCACCGAACGCGCCGUUGCGGCGGCCGGAGCCGCCGUCAUCUCCGCCGUCCUCGUCAACCCCCUCGACGUCGCCAAGACGAGGCUACAGGCACAAGCCGCUGGAGUAGUCUACAAUCAGAUAUGGUCAGAUUUUAGGUGCUAUCCAUGGUGUAACCCUGGUGGAUUAAAGUUAAAUGGUUUAGGUCCAUCAUGCAGUCCUGAAUGCUUUCAGUACAGGGGAACAAUGGAUGUGUUCUAUAAGAUAACUAGACAGGAAGGAAUCUUUAGACUAUGGAGAGGUACUGGUGCGAGCUUAGCGUUAGCUGUACCAACGGUUGGGAUAUAUCUGCCUUCUUACGAUGUAUUGCGCAAUUGGAUUGAGGAAUAUUCUGAUCGCAGUAAUCCCAAACUUAGGCCAUAUGCCCCUCUCAUUGCUGGCUCUGUUGCACGAUCAUUGGCAUGUAUAACAUGUUCCCCUAUUGAGUUAGCAAGAACACGUAUGCAGGCCUUCAAAGAGUCAAGUGGUGGAGCGAAACCCCCUGGAAUGUGGAAGACUUUGCUAGGCGUGCUUUCAUCGAGGCAAAUCAGCAGCCACCCUGAAAGAUCUCGAGGAUACCACCUUCUAUGGACUGGUAUGGGAGCACAACUUGCACGUGAUGUACCCUUUUCAGCUAUAUGCUGGGCGGUUCUUGAACCAACUAGAAGACACUUAUUAGGACUAUUAGUUGGUGAGCAAAGCAAUGCAGCAGUUAUACUGGGGGCAAAUUUCUCCGCAGGCUUCAUUGCUGGAGUGAUCUCUUCUGGGGCGACCUGUCCUCUGGAUGUUGCCAAGACGCGCAGACAAAUAGAGAAGGAUCCUGCUAGAGUAUUAAAAAUGAACACACGGCGAAUACUGCUUGAGGUUUGGAGGAAUGAAGGCAUGAAGGGCCUAUUCAGAGGCGCAGGCCCUCGUAUGGCACGAGCAGGGCCUUCAGUGGGUAUUGUCGUGUCUUCAUAUGAAGUUGCCAAGUACAUCAUCCACAGGAAACAAGCAGAACUAUGAGCUUAGAUCAAUUGUAUGCAGAUCUCAACUACAGCCAAGGCUUCUGAUUGAACGUGGUUUCACUCUCGUGAAAGCUGGUUUACAUUCCACGUGACCAUGCCUACCUUAUCAGAAGGGAGGAUCACGUCUGUUCUAAUAAAGAGAGCAGAAUUACCAAAAAUGUUACUCGUAUCAUUUUCGUUAUAAGAAGUUUUGAGCCCAUGCUGUCCCUCUGCGAGAUAACAGUCAGUGUUUGAGAUGUAAAAACACAACAGGCGUGCGUUCAGGAUUAGAGUGAUAUCUAAGAAUUUUGUACCAAAGCUCUCAUGAUCAAGUUCAUGCUCUAUUUUAUCUUA